AUGCCUUUGAACUCCCUCGUCGGCCAGGCUGGCCUUAAGCUUGGCCCUUUGGUACUGGAGACACUCUUCAAGCAUUACCUCGAGCGCAUUCAGAAAGAGCGCGGCGAUGGCGUCACGGAUUUGAGCCAGACUGAACUACUUUAUGACGAGGCUUUCCACAUAAUCAAGGUGAGCCUUGAUUUCAAGCUUGACAGGCAUACAAUCGAGGAGCUGCAAGAAUUCUCCAACACGCGUACUCCAACUCCACCGUGGACCCACAUUGUACGACUUCUCGUCCCGAUAUCAUGCUGUGAUGACGCAGCAACAUACCUCAUUCAAGCUCUCGGCGGUGAAGAAGUAACGAAACGCGUUGUGGGAGGCACAAAGUGGUGGCAGGUUCGUGGCAUCACAGGGGUUGACGCAGAGUGGCUCGCUGCCAAGAAAGAUUGGCAAGAGGCAAAGCGAAGGCAUAAGGCUCAUCUGAAGAAGUCCGGCGAUAAGGAUAGCAACAUAGGGCAUCCAGAGGGGCUCGAACAAGCACCGCAAGCGAUCUAUGAGCCAGAGAUGGACAAGAUGCCUUGUAUACUCUUUGCACAUGGAGGCGGUUACUACUUCGGUAGCAUUGAUCAGGAGCGGUACAGCAUCGAGCGGUAUGCUCGGAAGAUCAACGGAAGAGUAUUCGCCAUUAACUAUCGGCUCGCACCACAGUAUCCGUUCCCCUGUGCCUUACAUGAUUGUCUCUCUGCAUACCUGUUCCUUAUUCGGCCACCCGAGGGUGCGUUGCACAGACCAGUUGAUCCUGCGAAGAUCGUAGUUGCAGGUGACUCGGCGGGGGGCGGACUCUGUCUUGCGCUCCUGCAGGUCAUUCGCGAUACUGGACUUCCGAUGCCUGCUGGUGGUGUACUCAUUUCGCCGUGGUGCGAUCUCACUCACUCGUUUCCCAGCGUACAUGUCAAUAGUGCCACGGUAUGUGCGGAGCAUGGCGAUGUACUUCCUCCUUACGGUCUCUCUUUCCAUAAACCGAGCAUGCUUUGGCCACCGCCUCCGGAUGAGGUCACUACACAGGUGCAAAACAGUAUCCGAAGCCGCGUGCGAGAGGCCUUUCGGACCGUAAGUCACGAAGCUGGCGGGCCCGCCCAUGCUGCCAAGGAAAUCGAAGAACAUGCCCCGCCAUCUGGGGUCGAGCAUCAAUUCGUCGUGGGGCCAACCGGCCAGACGCUGCACCUGGGAUCGACGGCGUCAUUGCCGACGCCUUCGAAUGUCAUACGGGACCAGACUAUUACUCUACGCACGGCGUCGGAGGAAGUGAUGAAGAUUGAUCGGCAAAUCCAGAUGUAUGCGCCGAAUUACCUGUUGACGCAUCCACUGGUCAGCUCGGCGGUGUCCUACCUGGGUGGGCUGCCGCCGCUUUUGGUAAUUGCGAGCGACAAGGAGGUCCUCAGAGAUGAGAUCAUCUACAUUGCUCACAAGGCCGCGCAUCCCGAUAAGCACCAUGUAAAGGACGAGGCCCGUAAGCUAUAUCCAUUACUAGAAGGGAUCGAGAGCCGCUUUGGUCCUACCAAAGUCCAUUUACAGGUAUGGGACGAUGCCGCGCAUACACUACCUACUCUCUUCUCGUUCACAACGCCCGCGAAGUAUUGCUAUCGAGCUAUCGCGACAUUUUGCAAGUAUGCCACUGGGGUGUUGCCCCCACCAUCCUCCUCGUAUCAGCUCGGUGACGCUAUAUCAAUCAACGCGUCCCCCUCGGAGUCGCCGAACCCGUCCGGCGUGUCAGCGCUCACCGAGCAUGCACUCGGAAGUUUUUCUACCUCGAUGCCACACAGCCACUCGUCGUCCACGCUCGAUAGCAGACCCCGGAUGACUCGUCCGAAUACGUCGAGUGGCAGUUCCCGUGGCGCGAGCCGAUCGAAGCGGUCGAUGCGAAGGGCCGUGAGCGUGAGCGCGAUACGUGCCGGGUCGCUCUUCCACCGCGGUCGUGGGGAAUCGACUCAGGAUCCAGGGGCUCCCCUGCGCGAGACGUCGGACAUGAGUGACGUCGCCGGCCCACGCUUUGGUGACACCUCCACGGGACGCGAAGAGGGCGUCCGUAAAGCAGGAGAGCCAUCUGUUUACGAUAACGGCUUGGACGAGAUGAUACGCGAAAGAGUCACCACGAAAGGGGUCGUUCGACCACUGGAGCCGGAGGAAGAACUGGUAGCACUGCAGUUUUCUGAGGAGCUCAUCGGCGAAAUAUCCGAGCUCGUAGUGCGGCGGUACUUUGACGGACGCGCGAAGUUCGACAAGAAAUUUGCGAAAGUCACCAAGUCGAUAGAGAAGGAGAGGCGGCGGAAUAUCGACCGAGCGCACAAUGACGCGAUCCGCAAAAUGGCGCACCUCCAAGCGCAUCCGUAUUCAGAAGAGCAGGAUGCGGACGGCGGGAAGGGUAAGGAGCGCACCCCAAAGGGUAUCCAGGACGGCCUGAUCAACGCGGGCAGCUGGCCCUGGGGGUGGGCACUUGAAGAGGACGAGGCACCUCCGCCGAGCAGCAUCGUCGCGCGUAGAGAUACGGACGAAGCGCGUAGAUUGGCCCGAAUCGCUGAUCAGGCCUUCCUCGUGGAUGAGAACGCGCUGAGCGGCAACAAUCUCUGGUCAGUCAUAGUAGAGUUCCUGACCAAAUCACCAGACAAGUCCAAACACGGGCACAAGAGUGGCGGUCAUGCGCACGAGGCUGUGAGCGCGGAUCAGACGGACAGUACAGAUUUGAAACGGGGGUCGCGGUUUGCACGGUUCCUGACAGAGCGCAGGCCACAUGCAAACAAGGAUUAG